UGGGUAUGAAAUUGGCGGAACACUACGAUUUCCUGCACAUCGUGACGGCCGACCUGAUCCGUGAGGAGAUAUCGACGCGAACGGAGAGAGCUUUCAGAUUAGCGCGUUUGAUGUCGCAAGGUCAACUUGUUCCGACCGACAUACUGGUCGAAUUAAUGAUCACCAAGAUACUGAACAAUCGGCUGAACAAGCACGGCGUGGUCGUGAGUGGUUUUCCGAGGCGGAAGGAGCAAAGCAUAUUGUUCGACAGGUUCGUGCGGCCGCCUCAUCUCGUCCUGUACCUGGACGUGCGGGAUUCCGUGCUGAGCGAUCGCAUAAUGGGCAGAUCGAUUACCACCAGGGAAGUUGUGGUGAUGAACUAUGAAGACAUUAAGAACCAACUGAAGGAGUUCCAUACGAGGACCCGGCCGAUCGUGAAACACUAUAAAGACUGUUUGGUACAGAUCGACGGCGAAGCUGACCCGGUUUCCGUCUUCGAGGCCGCGUGCGAAGCUGUCGAUAGGUUCCUACAGAAAUUAGACACGAGCUCGAGUGUUACUUCUCGAUAAGUAGUGGGCCACGAAAGUGUUCGAACGCUUUUUAAUUACAAUUAGCACAGCUUAAAAUAGCAUCUCUAAAA